AUGAACCCUGCUAAGGAUAACAUGCUUGGUCUUUGGUUGUUGCAACACAAAGCCAGGGACGGACAGUUGCGCUGGAUGUUGGCCCUGAUGAAUUGGUCUGAUGGAAGCAGUACCUUUUAUUACGCCGACAACCAUCAUGGUGAGACAAGACAACUACAAACCAUACGAGUGCACUCCUUCCACAACGAACCGAGUCGAGAUCCUAAUAAGCUAUUCAUUGCAGCGAUUGAGCCUGACCAAUUAUUUGGGGAACAAGGGUUCUACCGUAGUUUGGCACUGGCGUCGGGGUCUGAGGAAAAGCUGUACAUUAUAGGGUCCAUCCGCAACAUGGAGACAUUCGGCAUUGUCCCUGUUGGAAAGUCGCGAGAUUGCAGAACUUUUAUGAACCCCGAGUCUUCAUCCUCCUCCCUUGGAGGGUCUUCUCCGGCUAUGUCGACGGAUAGCGGUACGUCUGGCAGCUCUCCCGCGAAGAGAGCACAAAACGCAGAUUUAGCCCGUAAUCGUUCCACUGCCUCCUCUAGAGCGGGACCAUCUUCAGGCCCAAGCGGCGCAGCUGAGGGUUCUCUCCUCCGGGGAAGAAGACGACGUAGUUAG